AUGUCAACAGAAACAUUUUAUUUUGUUAACACUGUCGAAGAGGCUUAUAGGUUGAUUAGUGAUUAUGAGACGGAAAACACAAUCAAGUUUGCCUGCUACAAAUCAUCCAAACAAUUCGGAAAUACAGGUAAAAGUGCAUAAUUUUAUGUCAAAGUUUGGCCAGAUAUUAUAUAUUAAACUAUAAAUUCAAAUAAUUAGUAAUUACAGUAUCAGUGUGUGGUAUUAAAUAAAUGUAUUGUGUGAAAGUUGGUUCAACCAGACAUGUGUGAGCAUACCAGGUGCGGGGGAGGGCAGAGGUAGCCCCCCCCCCUAAAAAAAUUGUUGGUUAAACAAGGGCAGCUAGGCAAUUUUAAACCCACAAUUGGGCAAAAGGACAACCUUUUCUGGUUUCUGCGCUCCCAAUUUACACAAUAUACAUCACUUUUGCCCUUCCGGAGUGUCGAAGGGAGGAGGUAAAUUACUGACUGUUUGUUAAAUUAUUGGCUGGUGCAGGCAUGAGGUAGGGACAAUGACAAAAGCCAUGGGUUGUCUUCAGCAAUUGCUGAACAUGGUGGUUUGCUUAAUAUGGUAGCAGCAAAGGAAAAUAAAGAAUAAUCCGGUCACACGGGUCACACAGGUCAUGGGUCACCGGUCACACAGGCCAAGGGUCACAUAGGUCAAGGGUCACACAGGUCAAGGGUCGCUCAGGUAGUAGUUAAGUAAAUAUAAAAAGCUUUAUUGCAAAGUAAGUCUGACUAUUAGAACACAGGUAAUUGAAUUAACAGUAUCUUGUUGUUGAAAAAAAAAAGUUGUUGAAAAAAUAAUUAAUAAUUAGCAUUAUUAAUGUCUGUUAGCAUUCAAGUCAGGUGUGAACUACAAAGUACAUGUAGUAUAUUACUAGCAAGCACUGAAAAAGAUUCAGACUUAAGGAUUGAAAGCUGUGCACCAAUGAUGCACAAACUGCCAUAGGCGAACAAGGGGGAGGGGGGGGGGGUGACACCCCUCGGCAAUAAUUUUGAACAUCGAGCAAUAUUCAAUAUUUAGUUACAAUAUUGUAACGUUUGGAGACACUAAGCACAAUAUUUUAACGAAAAAGUUUGGCGGGGGGGGGGGGUAUGUUCAGCUGAGAUACCCCCCAAAUUUUGAACACCUGUACACCUAUGCAUACUGUAGCCUGUAGUGAUGUCUGUAGCCUGUAUACUGUACGGUACAGUACAGCUGAUGGUUUUUCAACAACUACAUCCUUUACCAUCAAUUUCUACAGAUUAUAAGGGGAAAACUCAUCGAGUGUUCUGGGAGGACACAAAAGAAAUUAAAGGACAAAGAAUUGAGUUUGAUGGCACCCCAUUCUUUUUACUUGGAACAAAGACUUACGACUGCCAGCAUGGUCAAGAUAGGAACGCUGCACUUAAAGCAAAACAGCAAGAAUUGCGUAGACAAAAACAGGUAAAGGCAAAUCUAAAUACAUGUUCUAUAUCUCACAAACACCCAUUCACUGUACUGAAUAUUCUAUACAGUAUAUGCAACAACAGACUUUUCACUGUCUCCCGGUUGUCCAGCUUAUCCUGAUUGCAAUAUUUAUUGUGAACAAAUAAACAAUGAAAUAAUUGCAAUUUAAAUAAGCAAAAAAGGUAAUUAAAUACAAUCAGUUGAGAAUAUUAACAUUGAUAUUACAUGUACUUCUUUGUUAUAAAUAAUUGAAAUCUUGUUUAGGACUGGGACCAUGGAGCAAUAGCCGCCACCAAGAACAGGCAGAUUAUUCAGCCAUCCAAGAAAAAAUGUUGCCCGGCACAGCUCAAGUUACGGGAGGUGCUAGUAUUUCCAGAGUUUAAGGUACAGUACAUGCAUCCUGUAAAAUAAAUUUAAAUCACUAUCAUGGAAAAAAUACAAAAGUUCUUUAAAAUUCUUGUAAUAAAAAUGAUAGAUUGACCAAGACUCAAAGAAAAGACGGCAGACUGCAUCAACCAAACUAAGAGUUGCCAUCCAAAAAGAUGACGUACAACUUGAAAGAAGAAUUUAUAUUGACUUUCCAAGCCUUUCUGACCAUGCCAAUCAUAUUACUGGAGAGGUAAACACUGCUGAGAAAUUGUCUACUAAAUUUGGCAAACAUGUUAAAAAUAAAAAAUACAAAGCAAUGGACACUCCGAAAACGGUUAACAUUUUGAUUCGACGUUUCGACUAGCUUGCAUCAUGAUGACUGCAAGCUAGUCGAAACGUCGAAUCAAAAUGUUAACCGUUUUCGGAGUGUCCAUUGUUUUGUAUUUUUUAAAAUUACUCAGUGGUAACCAUAACUUAUGUUAAAAAUAACUUUACCACUUGAUAAAUUUGAUUAGUCUCCCCCCUGGACAACACAGUAAUUUACCAUAAAUAUUAUCCAUGGUGUUCACUAUGACAAGAUCUGUAGUAAACUUGUACUGUACCUGGAAGGUUACAUUUUUUCUAUUGUAUACUAUAACAUGAAAGACAUGAUAAUGUUUGCAUAACUGUACAUCUGUUAAUGCAGCGAUCAACUCAAAUAGAAAUUACAUAUUCUACCUGUAUAGGCAUUUGGGAUUGCACAACCAGUUGAUGAGCGUAUAAUCAAGAAGAUAGAAGAACUUGUUGCAGAAGGUGUGAAAAACGUGAAUGAGAUGAAGAGACACAUUCGAGUCUUUGUAAAAAGCGAACUUUUUAAACACCAGCAAGUUCCGCCUUCAACCAACCGUCGAUUUCACCCCAAGACAUCCGACAUUAGAAACCACAUGUACCAGGCCACUGUGAGAAACAGAUUGUCAAAAAUUGAUCAAGAAAAUGUCGCAUCCAGCUUGGAAAAGUGGAAAAAGGAAAAUCCAGAGGAUAAUUUCUUCUUUAGGCCAUAUGAAUUUAAUCCAAAUGCUAAUGAUGGGGAGUUAGAUGAAGAGGAUUCUGAAGCGAAUGAAGAGGAGGAUAUUAUAAUUAGUGACCAAUCUUUGAAGCACUCCUUAUUAUUUGUACAUCAAUCAGCAUGGCAACGUCGACUACUUACUAAGUAUGGAAAUAAUUUGUGCCUGUUGGAUGCAACGUACAAAACAACGCAAUAUGCUUUACCAUUAUUCUUCUUGGCAGUGAAAACAAACGUCGAUUAUCAAGUUGUAGGAUGCUUUGUAACACAACAAGAAACAAUUGCUGCCAUUGCAGAGCCACUUGAAAUGCUGAAACAGUGGGCGCCAGAUUGGACACCAUCUUUCUUUAUGACUGAUGAUUGCGAGCAGGAGAUCAGAGCUUUAGAAGACACUUUUCCUGGUAAAGUAAAUUAAAUGUUAUUACUAGUGACAGCUAUAUAUAUAUAUAUAUAUGUAUAUAUAUAUGUAUAUAUAUAUACCGUACCAUAUUGUAUACUGUGUCGCUGCCAACUUAAUCUACCUCCAGCCACUAAAAUUCUAUACCCAUUUAAAAAUGUCCAAGUCUUUUCCCUUAACAAGUCAAAAUUGUCUCGCAUUAGUCAGAGUAUAAAUACUAAAUUAGGGCGAAUUGCAUGUUAAAUAAGACAAUUGUACAAUAAACACAGUAUGUCUGCUCCUUCCAAAUAAAACAUGUAUUUAUUGGCACCAUUUCGUUCUAGGAUCUUUUGUUUUUCUAUGUGACUUUCAUCGGGAACAGGCGUGGGAGAGAUGGGUUUCAAAAGCAGACAAUGAAGUGGCGCACUGCCGUGAGGAACUGCUGUCGAAACUGCGAAACAUUGCGCAAGCUGAAACAGAAGACGAAUACCAAGAAAGGGUGAAUGUCCUAAAAAAAUCAGCAGUAUGGAAGGAAAAUAAAAAGUUGCAAAAGUGGUUUGACAAUUACUGGCUGGCUGAAAAAAAGGUUGGUAUAUUCAAAGUAAUUUACUAUUACUUAUUAAAGACCAUGUCAAGUCUGUAAUGUAAACAGAGGAUUUGUUUACAUUUUGAACUGCUAUAUUUGUAAUAUAAGACAUACUAACUGACAGGGAUGGAUCCAAGCAUCUGGUAGGGGAGGGGGGUGCUCUGCCGCCGAGUUGGGUCGGUCAUGUUUGCCGCCCGCCCAUCAACUUGCUUCACUACUGCAAAGUCUUGCUUGACUACUGUAUUUGAAUUGUAAUUGUUGUUCACAGUUUGCUUAUCAUCAUGUUAUUACUCAAAUUACUGUAUCUCAUUUUGCCUCUGAUAAUUUUUUGCUUUAUCAUGAAAAAUAGCAACCCCCCCCCUGGCUAGUGCUAGGGGGGGGGGUGUGUGCACACCCCCCCAGUAAAUCCAUCCCUGCUAACUGAAUAUCUAACACUUUUCUGGUUCGCAAUUGUAAAUGAAUAUAAACUAGGGUACAUUUCAAUUCAAAAAAGUUCGAAAGAUGCAAAAUUUGGGCAAUGUUUAUAUCCGUGGGUCCCCAUUUGUUAUGAGCAGAACUGAUGCGCAGAACGGACUUGACAUGGUCUUUAAGGAGUACCUGUACCUAAGAAAAGAAGUUUCCAAUUUGCCACAAGUGAGCGCUAUUAAUAAUAAUUACCUUUUAAUUAAUUUGUUAUUCUAGCGCUGGGUUUGGGUAUAUCGAAAAGAUUGUAUUUAUGGAAUUACGACAACAAAUGGAGUCGAAAGACAGAACAGGGAGCUGAAGCAUCAGUAUCUAGCUACACAUCGAGACAAAACUCUGAGUGGAUUGUUAAGUGUGAUUUUAUCAGAGUUUUUACCAGACAGUUAUUCAAGGUACUGUACCACUACCAGCAAUGAAUUUCUAACUAAUCUGCUAAUUCUUACACUGCAAAAAGUUGGGAAUUGCUGUUUACAUGCAAUCUCUAUCGGACCCCCUAUGGCCAAAAUAAAAAUCAAGUGGUGAUGAAUUUCUAUUAGAACUGAAGUACAGAAGGGCAUUUUAUCUCAAUUAUACAAUCAAACCAACGCAAUAUCUCCUUUUAACACCUUACUCUUUAGAUAUGUGGAAAAGAAUGUCAGAGCGCACUCGCUUUAUCGUGGAUACAGCCAAGACAUCCCAUCAUAUUUGCAUGAUCGCCCACACCAGGUUGUCAAACAUUGUAUGGCAAAGAAACAUUUAGCAGAAGAAUUUUACCUUAAGCAAGUGCUUCACCAGAGCGAUGAUGGCAUGUUUAAAGUUCAGAGUUCUACACAAACAAACGUCUGGUACACAGUCAGAUUUGAUACACCUAGUUGCAGCUGUAUGUCAUACCAGCAUGACCAUUUACCCUGUAAACAUUUCUUUGCUGUUUUCAAGAAUUACCCUGAAUGGGGAUGGGAGAAGCUUCCUUUGAGGUAUAUAUCUUCACCAACCCUAACAUUAGAUGAAAAUGUCAUCCCUAAGCAAAGUAUUAGUCAUGUGGUCAUCACUGAAGCGAAUGUUGAUGUUGACAGUACAACUGUAGAAGCUACCAGCACAGCUUCCCAGUCACCACCUCAGUGUGAGAGCACCACUUUGCAACCAGUUCCCGACAAACUAAUGCCAACAAGAAAACGUGCCCACAGACAUAUUGGCAGUGAAUGCAGAGAGAUUCUUCAUGAGAUCAAAUCUAUGACAUACCUUGUGAGUGAUUAUGAUAAAUUGUCUGUCUUAAAGAAAGACUUCAUUGAACUUCAUAACAAAGUGAGUGAAGCUUGUCAAUCAGAUAGUGGUAUUUUGCUAGAGUUAUCAACAGAGAAUGAGCCAAAGCAGAAAAGGAGAAAAAUCACCUGCCAGAGAAAACUAAAGAAAAAAGAUGGUCCAACUCACAGCAAAAUUCCUAAGGAGGAAUCCAAAAAACACAAGUAUUCGGGGAGAGUGGGUGCAAAAGCUUCCAUGAUGAGGAAGCUUUACAAAGCAAAAAAGUGUCCUGUUAAUGUGGUUGACCUGGCCAAGAAAAAAAAGAAUGUGAUUGUAGCUAAAAGUAAGCUGCCAGCAAGUGUGAAAAAUGGUUCAACACAGAAUAAGACAGUGACGACAAGUAUUCCACAACAAACAUGCAAAGUAGAUGUAACCUCAUCACAUCAAAGGAUCAAUACCUCUCUAUCCUCCAAUACAACAACAGCAAUGCAAGUUCCCGAGUGGGGUGGAUCACUAGAUAUCAACCUCAGAAAGAUAUAUCUGGAGAACACUUGUCCAAUUGACAACUGGCUUGUGAUAACAUAUGUCAUCUUGCAACUGUAUCCACUUAUUUAUGAAAGGCUAAGCAACAUGAUUGCUUCCCCUGGAGCUAAAUUGAUGCUGAGAUUGUAUCAACUAUACAAGGAGAAAAAGUUUAAUGCAGCAAAGUGGUAUUUAGCCCAGUUAAACAACCUACCUGCACGUACAACCAAGGAAGGGGCAGUUGUGGAUUUUUUUGGAAAUGAACACAAUCGGUUUGUGAGGCACCUUGGCUCUUUAUUCAGGCACACAUCUGUUAGUAGAUGUUCCCAUGAAAAUUGCCCACACAAGAUGUUGAAGACUGAUAGCUCAUCAAAUCCAGCUAUCGUACAAAUUUCUGGAACAAGUAGUAGCGUUCAACAUAGUGUGAUGAAUGAAAUUAAAAGCUGGUUGGAGAGUGAAUUCAAAAGUCAAUGUCUUCUGAAGUGCACAGGUAGCAUUCCAGAGGAAGCUGAUAUUUCCAUUAUGGAAGGUUCAUCAAAGUAAGUGUUACAACAUGUAGAAAUUAAAUGACUGUAAAUCAUUCUAGCACAUGCACAGUGUUAAGACUCACUCAGAACAUCAACAACCACUAUGUUCUUGUGAUAAAAAGGCAGACAUUUUCCAUCAACCCACUAGCUAAAUAUAUAAAUUAUUUAUUAUACUGCAAAUUAUGUAAUUUCUAGGGAUGCUGUGCCACUUUGUAUUGGAGAGAGACAACACAAUGGCCGAGACUUUGCUGAAGGACCUCCCCUAGUGCUGCCAGUCGACAUAGAUUUGUUGGCAAAAGAUGGUGUUGUGAAAGGUCUUCAGGAUGUGCCUCAUGUAAUUAAAGGAAAGAAUUAUAGGUGUGCAUGGUGUUGUUUUUAUUAA